UUGAUUUUGAGUUUGACAGCGUCAUCACCGCCGCUUUCGUGACUUUCAAUUUUGUUUUCUGUUUGUGAAAUAAUUUGCUUAAAAACUUAGAAUCCAUAAUGGCUGCGUCCGUGGUCGACACGUACUCCGAUCCCAGCAUGAGCUGGAUGAACGCUCCCCACAGCACCGGCACUUCUAUCAUGGCGUGCGAGUACGACGGAGGAGUUGUCAUCGGCGCCGACUCCAGGACGACUACAGGAGCCUACAUCGCCAACAGAGUGACCGACAAGCUGACCAGAAUCACCGAACACAUCUACUGCUGUAGAUCUGGUUCGGCCGCCGACACACAGGCCAUUGCGGAUAUUGUUACAUACCACCUUAACUUCCAUAAAAUGGAACUAGGAGAGCCACCUCUAGUGCAGACUGCUGCGGCUAUCUUCAGAGAGUUGUGCUACAACUACCGUGAUUCUCUUGUAGCUGGUAUACUUGUUGCUGGAUGGGAUAAGAAGAAAGGGGGUCAAAUUUAUUCAGUACCAAUUGGAGGAAUGGUGCAGCGUCAAGCCGUGUCCAUUGGAGGUUCGGGCUCCAGCUAUGUUUACGGUUAUGUUGACGCCAACUUCAAACCCAAAAUGACAAAAGAAGAAGCCAAAAAGUUUGUGACCAACACUCUUACCCUGGCCAUGUUGAGGGAUGGUUCUUCGGGUGGUGUGGUUCGUCUCGGUGUGAUAUCUGAAGCUGGUGUGGAACGUUCCGUGAUCCUGGGUGAUCAGCUGCCUAAGUUUUAUGAGGGUUAAGGUUCUUUUAUUAUAAUACAAUUUACUUUAUA